AACAGCUGGUUGAACGUGCAUGGCCAACACAAUCCAAUCCAAUCCUUGCGAAGUAGAUUUUGUUGCGAUUUAUUAUGAACGUAAAGGGGCGCUGGUAAGUCGGCGAACCUUUGGGACUUUCGGUAAAGAAAGACAAAACAUGUCUGAAACGCCCAUGGACACCGAAAAGCCCAGCGGUGGCCUUACUUUCUUGGCCACGUACCAGGCCAAACCCGCCAAACCCCAGGGCCAUCGGUGCAUCGCCUUGGGCUGCAACAGCAUCCGCUAUGGCUACGACGACGCCAAACUGCGUUACUUUCGUUUGCCACCAGACGAGAACAGGCGCAACCAGUGGCUGACCAACUGCGGGCGGGAGGACCUCAAGAGCCAUCCGGUGAAGAGCCUGGUGACCAAGGUGCUGUGCCAGCUGCACUUCCACGACUCCCAGUUCAUGAACGCCCACAACUACCAGCGCCUGGUGUGGAACGCCCUGCCCACCCUCUUCGGCAGCGACACGCGCAAGCCAGAAGAGUUCAAGCCCCUCGUCGACGCCAAGGCGGCGACGCAGGCGCAGGACCACGCGUACACGGCGGCCGGCGGGGGCGGGGCAGACCAGCGGCGCUACAUGCUGCUGUGCGCCGACCUGAAGCGCCAGCUGGCAGACAAGGAGCGCCAGCUGGAACUGCUCCAGAAGUACCGGGACACCAUGUUCGACACCGUGCUGCGCCAGGCCAGGGCACUGCCCCCCGACAAGCAACGCUCCCUCGUCGGCUCCCUCCUGGCGUCGCUCAAGCCCCGUCCGGAUGCCGAAGUGCUACAGCUGCUGCGUCAGAAUGCCCUGGUGGGGCCUGAGCUCCCUCCGGAGGCCACCGAGCCCAGGGUCCGUGUGGAGGUGCUGCUCCUGAGCAGGGAACACCCGGGCUGUGCGCUGCUGGGAAUGGGGACCCACUGCGCCCUCGGCAGGGGCCUCUACCAGCCACCCGCUGACUUCAUUCACUUUGGGGAAUCGUGGGAGGCAGCGGCGGCGCGUGCCACGCAGCAGGAGACUGGGCUGCCGAUCCAGGAGCCCCAGGUGUGCUCGGUGGUGGAAACGCUGCGGCCACAGGACCAGUUUCACUGUAUCAGCAUCUUCAUGGCCGCCCACGUGGCCUGCCCCGACCCCCAGCCCAGCCCUCCCGAACAGGCCACGUGCGCAAACUGGCAAUGGUUUCUGUGGGAGGCGCUUCCAAGCGAAGACCUUUUGUUCUGGACGCUACGCGACCUCCGACGAAACAACAUAAUAAACUUGGAUACCUUUCUGUGAAA